ACCACCAACCAUUCAAUCCUGAAAAGGCUGUGUAAACUUCCAAAGGGUUCUUUUCCUUAUCUCUCUCGCUCUCUCUCUCUCCUCAGUUCUUUUCCUACACUCUCUCUCUCUCUCUCUCUCUCUCUCUCUCUGCUGUUUUCCAAGAAACUCUGUGUGUGUGUGUGUGUUGGGGGAGGGGGGGUGGAAGAGAGAUGAAAGAGAAGAAGAGCACAAGAAUUGAUGUGUCAAACUCUUCAACAAACCCUUCUUCAAGUUCUACUUCUUCAGCAUCAGUUAGAGCGGUGCUGAUUCGCAAGAACAGCCCUGAAGAUCUCCUUCUUCGCCGUCUUAGACAACACCUCCUCUUUGCUAAGCUCAGGUCCUUGAUACCACCCCAGCCUUUCCAGAUGAUGGAGGAGGAAACGAACGUUGCACCAUUGGCCUCAUCAAGCAGUACUACACCUACACCUGCACUUGCACCAAGGUUGUUGCAGUGUGAAGGAAAAAAUGAAGAAGAAGAAGUAGAUGAUGACGAUGAUGAUGAUGAUGAAGAUGAUGGAAACUACAAGAUCGAGGUGGAAGUAGAAGAUGAGUCAAAGCCGUUCAUGCCAUCUAUCGAGAUAAUCAAAGGUGAAGUUUCCCUCCUCAUCAGUACCAUAGUUCUCAAGGACAUCUCUUUAACCUCAACUCUUUUUCAUCUUCUUGAGCAAGAGGAGCUUCAAAUUGACUAUGAGACUCAAUAUAGAAGUGAAACCAAAGUCUGUCACACCAUUAAGGUGACUGUGAGGCCGGGAUAUGAUGUAGAUGAAUUGGAGAAGAAGCUUUGGAGGUGGGCUGGGAAACCCAUUUGAGUUUGAAUACUAGAAGUCAACUUGGAUGAGAUCAGUCCAUUUUAAAUGCUAAUGAUAUUUGUUGAUCCUUUAAAUUUUAACAAUGACUCUUCUCUGAUAACUUUAAAAUGAGAACUUCACUUACAUUAGUACCAUUUUUAAGAAACCUUUCAAUGAACAAAGAAAAAAAAAUCUAAAACACAUCUCUUCCUUGCCAACAAAUAAAGAAAGAAAAACAAUAACUCGGAGUUUUGCACUGGAUUUGAUGCUUGUUUGGAUUGGAUUAAACUCUCUUGGAAGAUGUACUUUAAAAGGGAAGUUACAAAAUUUAUACCUCUUCACCUUCUUUUUUUUUUAAAUUAGUUUUAGUUGUUUUAUAUCCCAAAAGGAUUGAAUCCAUGGCCCAAGGGGAGUUGUUUAUUAGAAAAGUACUUUUAAGUGUUGGAACUUUAGUCUCACAUUGGAAGUAGAAUAAAAGGAAGAGAGGUUAAUAUGUUGGAAUGAAAACUACAAGAUUAGGGUUUCUUGAAGAGUAGGCAUACCAUAUAGAGGACGCUUAGUUGGGAAGAUGAUACUCACCGUAGUGAAAAAAAUGAGUUAUAAAAACUCUUAAUUACCAAUAGCUCAUUCUAGACGUGGGUAUGUUAAUUGUGGUUUAUACUAGUUAUCUAACCUUAAUGAAUGUAGAGGUGAGGCCACUCCGAUGAGAAUUUUAUGGGUGAUAUUCAUGAUUCCAAGAUGAGUACAAGGCCAAAGAAUGUCCAUUUAAUAAUUGAAGGGUUAUCUACAAGGUCAAAUGGUUGGAUAUGGGCAGUGAGUACAAAGUGAUUCAUUAGACCUAGUGUAAAUUCAAGUUUGGUUACAAUACAAGUUUGGUAAACAUUGUAACGAUGUGUUCUCCCAUUCUUAAAUUCUUAGUUUAUUUUGUUUUGUUGACGAAAUUUUGUAACUUAUGGAGGAAUAGUUGAAAAAAUGUAUUUUAAAAGAAAGUUUUCAAAAUACUUGCUCUGGACGAAACUUAUUUCCAGAUUCUUUUUGGUCACCAACAAUUAAGUUUUUCUGACAUUGGUGGUUCCUAUUCUGAUGCCAAUUGGAGCUCUCUUGACGUAUGUUAAGUUUGUCUCGAAUUUUUAACCCAUUUUGAAGAUUGAUCGGCUCCAGCAUAUUUUGGUGGCAACCACAAUGGAAAGUUUUUUGAGAUAUGUGAUGGAAGCAGAGGGGUUAGGCCAAUCUGUUGAUUGUUUAUUUUCGUAAUUGUUAGUGUUUGCUUUAACAACGUGGCAUGUUGGUCACUAAACAUUGGACAAAACACAUGAAGUGUGGAGGUCCAAUAGGGACCAUCCCGACUUGAAUAUCUCUUUGUCUUGCAUUGGGUGUUGCCAUCAGAUGUGCACCAUCCGACACUUUGUUUGGUCAUAUUUAUAGAACAUACCAUUGUUUUCCCUAUUUUACCAAUCAUAUCUUGAAAGU